GAACUUGUCAUCGUUGCAAACCGCGAAACGCAACGCUCAAUCCAUUAUUCAACCAAGGGCGAUCAGAGCAUGGCUACUUCACAGGAGAAUAUGGAUUUCAUUCCUGCCCUCCUCGCUCCUUACAAGAUGUCCAAUUUUAGUCUCUCUCACAGGAUAGUUUUGGCACCCUUGUCCAGACUGAGAUCCUACAACUUCCUUGCUCAACCUCAUGCCAUCUUGUAUUACUCCUAAAGAACAACGUAAGGUGGUUUAUUGAUAGGAGAAGCAUCUGGUGUUUCAGAAACUGCUCAAGGCUACCCAAACACUCCUGGCAUCUGGACGCAACAACAAGUGGAGGCAUGGAAACCAAUUGUGGAUGCUGUUCAUAAGAAAGGGAGCAUAUUCUUUUGUCAACUAUGGCAUGCUGGUAGAGCUUCUGAUUAUUGUUUCCAACCUGAUGGUCAGCCUCCAAUCUCAUGUACGGACAAACCGAUACAAGCUAAGACUCACAUUGAUGGCGUAACGGAGGCAUCUUUUCCAGCUCAUCGCCGGCUAACAACUCAUGAGAUAACGCAAGUCGUUAACGACUUUAGAAAGGCUGCUAGAAAUGCCAUGCAAGCUGGUUUUGACGGAGUUGAGAUUCAUGGAGCUAAUGGAUAUCUGAUUGAUCAGUUCUUGAAGGACCAAGUGAAUGAUAGAACAGAUGAGUAUGGAGGGAGCUUAGAAAAUCGUUGCCGCUUCCCUCUACAAGUAGUUGAAGCAGUCACCGAUGAGAUCGGAGCCGACAGAGUUGGGAUCAGACUAUCUCCAUUUGCAGAUUACAACGACUAUGCCGACUCAAACCCAGAAGCACUUGGCCUUUACAUGGCCCAAUCCUUGAACAAAUACGAUAUUUUGUACUGCCAUAUGAUAGAGCCAAGGAUGAUCACCCAAUUCGAGAAGAGUCAAAAAACAAAAAACAGCUUGUCGCCGAUGAGAAAGGCUUUCAAAGGAACGUUUAUAGUAGCCGGCGGAUACAAUAGAGAAGAGGGAAAUGAAGUGGUUGCUAAGGGUGGAGCGGAUCUGGUUGCAUUUGGACGCUUGUUUCUGGCAAACCCUGAUUUGCCAAGGAGAUUUGAGCUCAAUGUUGUGCUUAACAAGUAUGAUAGAAAUACCUUUUACACUCAGAAUCCUGUUGUUGGUUAUACGGACUAUUCUUUUCUCUAUCCAACCCCAUAA